AUCGCUGGAAGGAAGUGCGUCCCAAUGGCUGUCAGAAGUGUGCUAUGCUGGUGUGACAUGGUUGGAAUUUAAGCAGUUAUUCCAACAACGCUAUGCAAAUGCAGAGACGCCAGCCGCCAUGUUUUUACAGUUACUGAACAGUCGCCCAGGCAACCGUGAAUGCCUUGCCAUAUAUGCUAGUCGCAUGGAGACGUCACUCGUUUGCAAAUGGAAGGGCUUGGAUACCGAGAGGAUUGCUGUGUCUGUGGUUUUGGGACAUUUGGCCAACUUUGAUCGCCGAUUACAAAGAAUUGCCUACACUGCCGAGAUCAAGAAUAGACGCGACCUACAGGCUGAGUUGCAGGUCUUCGCUUUUGACAGGCGCACACAUCAUUCUGGAAAUGUGGAAUCUGGAGGAAUGCGAGCUAAGUUCGCGCCCUUGAAGUGCCAUCUUUGUGGUAAAAUGGGGCACAAGAUGAUUGACUGCCGAAACAGGAAGCAGAGCGCUGGCAUGUCGAGACAGGAUCACCGAGGAAGCCAAUCAUUUCAGCAGCAUUCUAAAGGCAGUAUAACUUGCUAUCGCUGCCAGGAGCAAGGUCAUAUAGCUUCACAAUGCCCCAAAAAUAUGGCAAGUGGUGGAGCUGGAUUUCGGAACGAGAAGAGAGCUGAGCUGUGCGUGGUGGAUGAACCAAAGACAAAAAUCCACUUCCUCCGGAAAAUUCCCCUGAAUAUGCGAAAGUUGUUGAAAAGCGAAUCGACUUAACUGAAGUAUCUGAGGAUUGGAUUUUUGCAGAGCAA